AUGGAUGUGUUUAUGGAGGCCUAUCAGCACACCUGCAACCGGGAAAGCCGUCGCGCACUGGCGCAGGUUAUGGUCGACUUGAUGCACCAACGCCCUCGAAUUGAACUGACAGACACCUACUUUGUGCUGCCCUAUAGAUACGAGUGUGCCAUUCUGCGUUUAAAGACGGAAAUACUGAAGCAUAUUCUGAACCAACAGGUAAUAUCGAAAAGCUAG